AUGACAGACACCUCCUUCCCUGUCAAGGCUAUCAACGGUCCCGAUCUCUCUCGGACUUCGUUCGCGGCUGCGUAUCCGUCACGACAAUUACAUUAUCAUGCUCCCGCUGAGAUCGGGAUUCCCGAAGACGACGGCCAGAUUAGCUGUAUCUGUGGCUUUGCCGACGACGACGGCUGGACGGUCGCGUGCGAUUUAUGCAAUAAAUGGCAGCAUCAAUCAUGCUAUUACCCGCAGUACGACGAGCUCACGCUACCGGAAGAGGUGCAGCAUUACUGUGUCGAGUGCCGGCCACGACCAGUCGACUCUCACCGGGCGCGUCAGCGUCAGGUGCAAAAACGAGAACAUACCGAACAACUUGCAAACGGCGUGAAGCGCGUGUCGACGAAAAGCCACAAGAAGAAGGUAAAGGAUCCUCCGCCUCAGACGAAUGGGUGGCCUGUCGACAAAUUACGGCACGAUCGCAACAGCGCGAGUCCACGGGAUCAACCACCACCGGCCAAGCGACCAAAGACCAAUCGUCGUGCGUCUGAUUCGACGACGACGACGACAAACACGACUACAAAGGGCCAUUCGCGGAAGCGUAACGCUUCCAAUGUCAACCACCGCCGCAGUCUCUCACGUUCGCCGGAUUCGCCCAUCGAGCAGUACUCGGAAGAGUUCCUUCAGUGUUACCAGGACGACGACUGGAAAGUUACUGACGCCAAUCUCUACAACAGUAUAGCGGUCACAAACUCCCUUUCAGCGUGGCUCAACUGCCACGAAGACGAAUUUCGUACUGCGCACAAACAAGAGAAGGGAGAUGUGCUGAUGCGUUGGGACGGAAAUCUUGACGAUAUACCUGGCAAAGCACAAAUUCAGAUCGUCCAAAACCACGAUGAGAGUGUGCAGUAUCAGGGACUGUUUCCCGCCUGGAAAACCGUGACAGUGCAGGAGCCUGUACCGAGCGGCGCUUACAUUGGCGAACUGAAGGGACACGUUGGAUUCAAGAAGGAGUACCAGGACGAAAACCGCUGGUCCACCUUGAGACACCCGGAGCCAUUCGUCUUCUUCCAUCCCAAACUGCCCAUCUUCAUCGACGCCCGGAAUGAGGGUACAGAAUUGCGAUAUAUACGUCGGAGCUGCAUGCCCAACGCAAGGCUGCAGGCCCUCAUUACCGAGAAUGUCAACUACCACUUUUGCUUCAUGGCAACGCAGCAGAUCGAACCUGGCACCGAGGUCGCGGUCGGGUGGGAUACUGCGGACGGCUUGCCCGAGCUGGCGUCAAGAAGCGGUUACUCUGACAAUGAGCUGGAAAUCCUCUCUGCAUGGGUAUCCACUGCGCUUGCUAACUGCGGCCCAUGUGCAUGCUCACUACCGGAGAAAGAAUGCAUGAUGUCUCGGUUUGAUCGACGGAUAAAAGGCCUAUCUGAGGAGUCGAGGCCGCCAAAGCCAAAGAAGCGAAAGGCCGGUCAGCACAUUUCGCCUCUGAACACUCACGUCAACAGUCGAUCAGGCAGUGAAGCGCGUAAGGUCGACGUUGAAGAUGAUGGCACCGAUUCCCGCUCAACAUCCGGCUCUGCUGGUAGAGGAUCGGCAAGCCGGGACAUUACUCCCAAUACACAUUACUCCACCAACGGACAUUACUCCGGGAAGCCCGAACUCUCCGAGCGGGAACGCAAGAAGCUGGCCAAAGAGGAGGAGAUUUUCAGACGGCAAGAGGAAGAGCAAGCCGGCAAACAGGCUAAGAAGAAGCGCAACAGCGGUGGAUCGAACUUGAACACACCGAGUGCUACUACCUCGAAGCAGCUGGGCUUUCCGCCUAACAAUGUAUCGCGCUAUGUUGACGCAGUCACGUCCCGGCAAGCUGGGCUUCCUGCUAAAGGCGGUCCAGGACGCAAGCCCAAAGCUCAGAAGGCACCCGCAAGGCCAGUCACCAGAGUUGUGAAACGUGCAAAGCCAGCCUAUGUCAAUGCCGAAGCACAAUGUGACAUGGAUAAAGAAGACGCUGACCGACGUGCGGCGACGCCGUCAACUCGAAGACCCUUCAUAUCGACGAGACAGCGAUUACUCAACCUCUGCGCACAGCGAAACGCCCAGCUCUUAUCAACUCGACGCGCGCGCGAGGCCACUGCAUCCCCUGUUUCAAUCACGCAACCAGUGAAGAUGGAAGUAGAUCAUCGUGCAGCUGUAGUGCUGGGAGAUCCGCCAUCGCCUGCUCCAGCACCGGCUAUGCCAGCUGAGAACGCGCAGUCCCAUCCAUCGGAACACGAGGCCUUUAAUGACGUUGAGAUGGAAGAUGCGCCUGCGUCAGAGGAGACCAAGACAGCGCCAUCGACCUCGCAAGUUGAUACGCCACCCAAAGAGGUCUCAGAUCAGGCUAAAACUUCUCUUCCUGUGGAGCCUCCGGCACCUCCAUGGCCGCAAGAGCCAUCUUCCGCAGUUUCUGCAGAAGUGGAAUUAUCUGCAACAAGUCAUAAGCCGGCCAACAUGCACCUGCAAAUGCCACCACCUCCGACAAACCCAUUCACUCAGCCAGCUGCACCACUAUCAAGUGGCACCACAGGAUCAGCAAGCAACUCGAUCGUACAAUCUCCUGCGACACUCGGGCCCAACUCAAUUUUCUCACCGUCAGUCAGCGCCGCUGUCGCGCCUAGUCCGGUUCGGAAAAAGCUCAGUCUCAGCGAUUAUACUCGACGGAAAGCUAAAGACAAAGAUAAUGAGGCCAAAGCGGAGAGAGAAAGCUCGCCAGCAUCGACAACCUCAGGACCGGUCGUACCGCCACUUCAACCGUCCUCAUCGUCGGAAGUGAGAGCGGCGCAGGAUGGCUCUGCCAUUGACGAGGAUGUAAGGAUGGAAGACGCCGGCGGCGAAGAAAACAAGCCAUGA